AUGCAUUACCACACGACCUGGCUCCUGGCCGUAGCCGGCUUCGCCGCCCUCGCGUGUUGCGAAGGGCAGGGCCGUCGAUACUCGACCUGGAUGCUCGACAGCAUCAAGGAGCGCAAGCAGGGCGUCAUAUCCUCUGGCGCGGCAAGCGUCUUCUUCGAGACUGGCCUUCUCUCCAUCGCCAUCGAGGCCACCGUCAAGCAGUACCCGGAGCUGAAGGACCAGUACGCCCCCUACUUGGCGGACGUCCUCGACGUCGGCACUGCCAGCCUGACCAACUCCACGUACACGGCGACGCGGCCCCUGGACCGCUUCUCGAUCGCGAAUGCCAUCAGCAAAAUCUCCGAGGCGGGCCUCGCGUCCGUCUCGGCCACGGUAUCAGCGGCAUCGGGCGCCAUCAACGAGUCUCUGGCGCUGCAGAUGAGGAACCCCGAGGGCGGGAUGUGGUAUUACGUCUACCCGCAGUGGAGCUACGCCGACGGCAUGUUCUCCCUGCUGCCCUUCAUGGCGUCCCAGCCACGGCCCAACUACACCGACAUCAACCUGCAGAUGACCCUGCUUUACGAGCACUGCCUCCAGAAGAACUCCUCGCUGACCGUGCACGGGUACGACUACUCGCGGACAGCCGUAUGGGCGGACAACGACACAGGCGCCAGCCCGUACGUUUGGAGUCGCGCCGUGGGCUGGUUCAUCGGCGGCCUGGUCCAGACGUGGGAGUCCCUCGACUGUCCCGCCGGCAAGCCCGAGGCGCAAUCAGUCUGCAGGCAGGUUCGGCAGAUAGCGACCCAGCUCGCCACGUCGCUGGUCAGAUACGCCGAUCCGGAAACGGGGGUGUGGUGGCAGCUGACGACGUUUCCGGGACGCAGCGGCAACUACCUCGAGAGCUCCAGCACGGCCCUCUUCAUGUUCUCCAUGCUCAAGGGCGAGAGGCUCGGCCUGUUCUCCGACUCCAAGGUGGACUUCAAGAAAGCGGCGCUGAAGGCGUACGACUACACGGUCCGCAAUUUCGUCGUCGACACGGGCAACGGGACCGUCGGCUACGACAAGACGGUGGUGGUGUGCAGUCUCAACUCCACUGCGUCUUACGAAUAUUACACCCAGCAGCCGAUCUUGCCUAAUAGUCUGUUGGGGGAGUCUGCGUUCAUCCUGGCUUCCCUGGAGGUGGAGAGGUGCUGA